GGCUUUUCCUGCGCCGGCGCCGGGCCGCCGCCUGGCCCCUCCGCGCCCGGCAACAUGGCGGCCCCCAUCACGGCCCCGGGCCGGGCUCUGCUGCGGGUGGGCGCUGAGCGGCUGCUGCCAGGAGGAGUCCGGGCGCUGCUCCGGCCGCGACUGGAAGGGGGCACCCCCGGCCCGGAACGCGACUUCAGCCUGUCACACAGUCGGGGCACGGUCAUCGUGGAGCGCUGGUGGAAGGUGCCACUGGCCGGGGAGGGCCGGAAGCCGCGCCUGCACCGGCGACACCGCGUCUACAAGCUGGUGGAGGACACGAAACACCGGCCCAAAGACAACCUGGAGCUCAUCCUCACGCAAUCGGUAGAGGAACUUGGAGUGCGCGGUGACCUGGUCUCAGUGAAGAAAUCUGUGGGCCGUAAUCAACUGCUUCCGCAAGGACUGGCUGUAUAUGCAUCCCCUGAAAACAGGAAGUUGUUUGAAGAGGAGAAAUUGCUGAGACAAGAAGGAAAAUUGGAAAGGAUCCAGACCAAGGCAGGUGAGGCGACAGUGAAAUUUCUGAGAAGCUGUCGCCUGGAGGUGGGGAUGAAAAACAAUGUCAAAUGGGAGCUAACGCCUGAAAUAGUUGCCCGCCACUUCCUUAAAAAUCUUGGUGUUGUGGUCGCCCCACAUGCGUUAAAGUUACCAGAAGAGCCCAUCACACGGUGGGGCGAGUACUGGUGUGAAGUGACGGUAAAUGGACUUGACACUGUGAGGGUACCUAUGUCUGUGGUGAACUUUGAGAGGCCCAAGACCAAAAGAUACAAGUACUGGUUAGCCCAGCAAGCUGCCAAGGCAAUGGCCCCUCCCACCUCCCAGACGAUCUGAACCUACUGUCCCUCAGAAGCAGCAAAGCAGAAUCCAAGGAACAAAAAUGGAUUCCAUAGAGCACAGAUGGGCCAGCUCUGACCAAACAGAGAAUUGUAGAGAGCAUAUGGCGACAUUGGACUGAGCUGCAGAUACAUGUUGAAUUCUCCAUAUUUGCCAUCUCUGUACUUCAGCUGUUAACCACAUCCGGCCUUAUUGGGGCAGUGCUGCACAAGAAGUACCAGGCUGUAGAUGUGAUAAGCUGAAUGUUAAUAGAACAAAAUGGUAUAGAUCCUGUUUCCUCUUCCUCCACUGGAAUUCAUUGGAACAAAUGGAAGAGCUAGCCAUUGUCUCCAUCAUUGGGCUUGUUCUCGUCCUAACUGAACAUUUGUACCUCAAGAAGAAAUAAAAAAAGUUGUGUUCUU